AUAAGCUUACUAGCCCUCAAGCAGUAAACCAAUCAACCAAUCAACAUGUUCAAGCUGGCUGUCCUCGCCGCCGUUUUGGCUGUGGCCGUUGCCGCUCCCGGAGGUCUGACCGGAGUGCCGUUCAGCUAUGGCCACGGAGCCAUCGUGGCUCCCAACGUCAUCAGCCACGCUCCUGCAGUUGCAGCGCACGUCGUUGCACAGCCAGUUGCACCCAUCGUCCACGCCGCCCCGAUCGUGACCAGGACGGUCCUGCCGUCCCAUGGCUCCCUCCUGUUGGGCGGUCAUGGUCUGUCUCUCCACGGCUAGAUCCCUAGUUUAGCUCCAAAAUCGGCUCCCAAGAAACAACCCCCUUCCGCCCCACCCCCCGGGGGGUAACCAGCCCACCCGGGACCAAGGAAAAAUUCACACCCGAAGACCGAAGCAGCAAGUCUCGAUAACCCAUCGCAAGCAUCGACCCCAAGACGUCAUCUCCGAAAUUUCUCAUCGUCACCCCUGCCCGACCUUCUCGAUCGUCGACACCCAAA